UAUCAACUGCCUAAAUGAGGGAUUGUGUUUGAGUGUAAUUGGCGGAUAUCAGUGUAACUGUACCCCAGGAUGGAUGGGAGAGUUUUGUCAAUACGUGAGCGAUGCCUGCCUGAUAAAACCCAACAGAUGUGUGAACGGCGCCACAUGCAUUACAACUAGCCAGCCGCAGUCCCCUCCGCAAUACAAGUGCAGGUGUGCAAAUGGAUUCACAGGAGCUCAGUGCCAGACGGAGAUCAACGAGUGUCACUCCAACCCCUGCCGGCACAAUGGCACAUGCUUUGACUCGGUUGGACACUACAGGUGCCAAUGUCCCACAGGUUUUCUAGGUCAAAACUGCGAAGUGGACAUAGAUGCUUGUCAACUGUCCAACAACACAUGCCCUCCAAAGACUGAAUGUUUGGAUCUCUCCCACGGUCUAACUUAUACCUGCAGGGUGCCCUGCCCCCCAAGCCUUCAGGUGGGUAAAUAUGUCUUGUAA